GAGGUGUGUCUGGUGGGGGUGGAGCAAAUCUCGAGUCACCUGGAAGCAGGAAGUAUAAAUAAAAAGGAAGGUGUUACAAUGAAAGACGUCAUAAAGCAGAGAGUUUACAGUGAAGUAUCAUCUUAGGAUUUACAGUAUGUUUCGGCCUCAUUCAGACUCAACAGCAACAUUAUGGAUGGCACGAAAGCUCUCGCACUAAAGAGCAUCACACAUCGCCAUGCAAUCCAGGUGUCACCAUCAAUCCACCGGCCUGGGCCACGACGGGCCGAACCUCUCUGACCUACAGAUGAAGGUGGACUUCUUUCGUAAGCUGGGUUACUCUCCACAGGAGGUCAAAGCCGCCCUGCGCAAGCUCGGCCUGGGUACGGACACUAACGCGGUGUUGGGGGAACUGGUUCGCUCCGGGGCGAAGGCUGUGCCUUUCUCAACCUCUGAAUGUGAGGAGGGUUUUGGUUUGUCCGGUCGUGGAGGAGGCUCUUCUAGGGGACCAGGUUCAAGAGAGUCCACGCCAGAGGACACAGCUGAAGCCGAGAGUGACCUGAAACCCAUAGUCAUUGAUGGCAGCAAUGUGGCCAUGAGCCAUGGGAACAAGGAAGUGUUUUCGUGCAGAGGGAUUGAGCUGGCAGUCAACUACUUCCUUGAGCGAGGACACAGGAACAUUACUGUAUUUGUGCCGUCCUGGAGAAGAGAGCAGCCCAGGCCUGAUGUGCCUAUUUCAGAUCAACACAUUUUAGACGAGCUUGAACGCAAGAAGAUUCUUGUGUUUACGCCUUCAAGAAGGGUUGGAGGAAAGCGUGUGGUCUGCUACGAUGAUCGCUUUAUUGUGAAGCUAGCUAAUGAUAAUGAUGGCGUAAUAGUGUCUAACGAUACAUACCGGGAUCUGCAGAGCGAACGUCCGGAGUGGAAGCGGUGUAUUGAGGAGAGACUGCUCAUGUACUCUUUUGCCAAUGACAAGUUCAUGCCACCAGACGAUCCUCUCGGCCGUCAUGGGCCCAACUUAGAUAAUUUUCUUCGAAAGAAAACAAUGUUACCGGACCAAAAGCGGCAACUCUGUCCGUAUGGUAAAAAGUGCACAUAUGGAAUCAAGUGUAAGUUCUACCACCCUGAGCGUGCCAACCAAUCGCAACGUUCGCUAGCAGACGAGUUACGAGAGAACGCCAGACUUGCGGACGGCAGAGGAACCGGAUCACAGAGAGACGUUCAGAAAAGAUAUGAUGCCGGGUUUGGCUCUUGCUCUGCGUCACUGGAGCAAGAACUGGAAGAGAAGCUCAAUCUAGAAUGUGAAGAGAGAAACGACCGUUACUGGGACGCCAUUUUCUCAGCAAAAAAGCCUCCAGCCACCAGUGGUGCAUCAGACAGAGCCGGUCUACAACCUCAGUUCCCAACAAACCCUUCAUCCAUUUUCAGUUCGGACUCUGGCCUCGGCUCCUACGUCAGCCAGUUUUCCGAGUCGUGUCACAGUCUUGAGGAGCAACACAAGAUGAGACACAAUCAUCCAUUGAUGUCCAGUUCAUCAAACCCCAUCUUGUCGGCAGGUGGCCCGCAUUGCGGUGACAACAGGAGGUCUUAUUCCUGUAACUAUCAGGCCGGCUGUAACGCCUACGGCUCUGUUCCUAUGUCCGGUCCUCUCCAGCAUUACAGUCUACCCGCUUACAUGCAGCAGAGUAGCUGGCCUUACGCUUUCUACCUACCACAGAUGCAUGCGAACAGCUUACCAGAACCUCUACCCAGCCCCAAUGCCCACAGCUCGCCUGACAGUUACGGACGCCUGCGCAGCCAAGUCGUGAAACCACAGGAAGAUCGAGAAGAGGUCCGGAGGAAGCUUUAUGCCAUUUUUAACCCACAUCAUGUUGACAGAGUUAUGGACAUGUUCCCACAGCUGAUAGAUGCCCAACAACUUGCUGCAGAGGUUCUCAAACUCAAAUCAAAGGGAGAAUUUUUCUGAGGAUUGGACGAUGUUCGAAUGUCCCUUAAACCACUUAUCACAUAGUACAUGUGGUAACUAUGUAUGACUAGAAAGUCAAUUGUUUAUCAUUUUUAUUGUUGUUUUUGAAACGUUGAUGCACAUUGCAUCUAACUUGUAGCAGGUGGCAUCUAACUCUACAAGUGCGGUUUUGAUUUGAAACAGAAAUGUAUUUUGGAAAUUCUAAAUAGUUUAAGUGUAAUGUGUACAUGUAAGGAAUAAUUGACUGAUUGAAUUAUUUAUAAAUAUUGGUUAUGCUGUUAUAUUGUGGGUGUGCAUUAUUUAUAAAUAAUUCAAAGGACCGGAGUCAAUUAAUCCUCUUUUACCACGGUUACCACAGACAUUGCUCUGGUGGUUAUUUUAAGACAUUUGACUCUUCUGGUGUGUGUUAACUGAAACAUAAUCAACGCCUGUGGAACAUUUCUCAAACAAUCAGAAUAAAGCAUUAUACAGCCCCCGUGGUAUAAGUAGAAAUAAUACAUUAAGAUGUGAUUACUUGGUCUGAGGGUAAUAAUUGAAAUGAAUGUAAGAAAUACAACUUGUGACUGCUUGUCAAUUUUGCUGUACUUCCUUGUUCCAGUCAUAAAAGCUGGAAAUCCCCCAAAGCAUUUUUCUGACAUUAUCUGGAUCAACAUACAUUGUAAAGUGUUAUCAUUUCUUCGAAGUUGUCUUUUAUAUUCCUUUUUAUCAAGUCACACUCUUAAAAAUAAAGCUUUCCUAAGGUU